AUGGACGAGGUGCAAGAUCAAGACCAAAACAACCAAGUUGCAUUAAAAAUAGGUCUCAUUGGGGACUCGCAGAUAGGCAAAACCUCUUUAAUGGUAAAAUAUGUUGAGGGUUCUUUUGACGAGGACUAUAUUCAAACGCUUGGAGUUAACUUUAUGGAUAAACGAAUACAGAUCAGAAAUACCACAAUCAUGUUUUCUAUAUGGGAUCUUGGAGGACAGAAGGAAUUCAUCAACAUGCUACCGCUAGUCUCCAAUGAUGCCGUUGCAAUCUUGUUCAUGUUUGAUCUUACAAGAAAAUCCACCCUAAAUUCAAUUAAAGAAUGGUACCGACAAGUAAGAGGGUUCAACAAGACAGCAAUUCCGUUCCUUAUUGGCACCAAAUACGAUCAAUUUAUAGAUUUGUCCUUCCAAGACCAGGUUGAAAUUACUCAACAAGCUAAAAAGUUUGGAGCAGCAAUGAAGGCCCCCGUUAUUUUCUGCUCAACCAGUCAUUCUAUAAAUGUGCAAAAGAUUUUCAAGAUUAUCUUGUCGAAAGCAUUUGACUUGAAGUUGAACUUAGACGAAAUUGUCAAUGUUGGUGAGCCAAUCUUGAUUUUCAAAUAA